GAAAAGAGUCAACAAUAAUCCGUGUUGAGCAGCGACGCUUGAUGCCUUAGUCAUUUGACGCGUUGACCUCUGCGACCUCCAAGCAAGAUCUCGUCAGGAUGCCGUCGACCACUUUUGAAAUCGUCAAAAAGGUGCAAACAGCCCCCCCCCCUACAUCGCUGCAACAGGAACAGCUCUACGUUGACACAUAUAAAUGACCAUCACACAAAGCGUCCAGCAGGAGUUCCAGGACGACGAGACCAAGGUUCUCAUCUGUAUUCCAUGCAUCUCAAACUCGCUUCAGCAGCAUCCUUCGACUCCAGCACUGUUGCUACAGGUGCCAACUCGAACAGCCGAAUCGACGAAAGGAGAACGCUGGACAGAAGACGAGCACGAGCGAUUCCUACUCGGUAUGGAGCUUUUCAAAGAGGGGCCCUGGAAAAAGAUCGCUAACGUUGUCGGCACCCGCGAUGCUCGACAGACCAUGAGCCAUGCACAGAAAUAUCGCCAGAAGAUCAAGCGACGCAAGUUGCGGCUGCCGGCAACAGAGCCACCACGUCGUGCUGAUGCCUCUCGUGCUACCUCCUCUACAAAAAAGUUGCGAACGACGAGGCCAGUUGAGACCGUAACAACAGCAACAUGUGUGGCGAAUGUGAGCUUGGAGAGGUCAAGAUCGUGCGAUGUAUCACCGAGUGUCCAGCCGCCACGGGAAGCGCUGGAUGACGCGCCACGUGUGAUUAGUGGAAGCGAGCGAAGUCUUGAGGAAAGCAGCGCUGUAGACAGUGCGGACGGCAACACUCAGGGUUUAAUAACCGAGACCGACACUAGCGCGGGUACUAGGAUGAACCAGCAACUCGACGCGACAGAGCCGCUUGCACAUCGUCUCGGUGGCUCACAAUAG